UCCUAUCGUUGCCCCAUCUCUUUUGUCUCUACUUCUACUUCCAUUUAUUCUCAAUUCUCCAUUAAAUACCUGCACUUUCUCAUGUCAACUUAUCAUCUGUUUCAUUUUUGUUCAAUUCAGUUUUAAUAGAUUUGAAGAAAAUACAGGUUUCGACUUGAGUUUAUGCAGAUUUUGAGGGAAAUUGGAUUAUGAUGGUUGCUGUGUUUGAUUGAAUCUUCAUGAAUACAUAAUUAAAUCUUGAUUAACCACUUUAUAAUAUUGUCAUUGAGCUAAUCAAUCUGUUGUGGCUCUCUGUUUGAUUCGAUUUGAUUAUGGCUCCGAAAGCUAGUAGAGGAAAACCUCACAAGGCUAAGAGCGAGAAGAAGAAGAAAGAAGAGAAAGCAUUACCAACGGUUGUAGAAAUCACAAUAGAAACGCCCGAUGGGUCUGGACUGAUGCUUAAGGGGAUAUCAACGGACAAAAUUUUAGACGUUCGGAAGCUGUUAGCGGUACACGUGGAGACAUGCCAUGUCACCAACUACUCUUUAUCCCAUGAGGUGCGAGGUCGAAGGCUGAAAGAUACAGUCGAAAUCGUCUCUUUAAAGCCUUGUCACUUAACGGUGGUUGAAGAGGAUUAUACGGAAGAUUCCGCCGUCGCACAUGUCAGACAACUGCUAGAUAUUGUGGCUUGCACCACCGCGUUCGGUGGUUCAUUUAACUCUCCUAAGAACACCAACGUUUCCGUUCGUUCUGGUUCGAUUGCCAAAGAAUCAGGAUCCGGCGAUGGUCAGGAUAAGAAGUCGUCCAAGAGAGAUGUCUCGAUCGGUUUCGAUCCGUCAGACGCAGCGGAGAUUUAUCCUCCGCCGAGGCUUGGACAGUUCUAUGACUUUUUCUCCUUUUCUCAUCUCACUCCUCCCAUCCAAUACAUUAGGAGAUCGGGUCGACCGUUCCUUGAAGAUAAAACAGAUGAUGAUUUCUUCCAAAUUGAUGUGCGAGUUUCAGGUGGGAAGCCGAUGACAAUCGUUGCCUCGAGAAAAGGGUUCUAUGCAGCUGGAAAAUGUGCUCUUUUAAGUCAUUCUUUGGUUGGUUUAUUGCAGCAGAUGAGCCGGAUCUUUGAUGGUGCAUACAAAGCUCUUAUGAAAACUUUCAUUGAGCACAAUAAAUUUGGAAAUCUCCCUUACGGGUUUCAAUCGAACACGUGGGUUGUACCUCCAAUUGUUGCUGACAACCCAUCUGUUUUCCCACCACUUCCUGUGGAAGAUCAAAAUUGGGGAGGAAAUGGUGGUGGACAAGGAGGAGAUGGUAAACAUGAUCGUAGGCAAUGGGCAAAAGAAUUUUCUAUUUUAGCAGCAAUGCCUUGUAGAACAGCAGAAGAGAGACAAGUUAGAGAUAGGAAAGCUUUUCUACUUCACAGUCUAUUUGUCGACGUAUCGGUGCUAAAAUCCGUUGCAGCCAUUAAGCAACUUACUCAUAGUAGCAAGUCAUCCUCAAAUGGUUUGCUUGAUUCAUUUUCGCAUGAGGAUAAAAUUGGAGAUCUGCUUAUCAGGGUUACAAGAGAUGUGCCUGAUGCUAGCACAAAGCUGGAUGCUAAAAUUGACGGGAGUCGUGUUCUAGGAUUGUCACCAGAGGAGCUUGCUAAAAGAAACUUGCUUAAAGGCAUAACUGCAGACGAGAGUGCAACGGUUCAUGAUACAUCUACUUUAGGCGUUGUGGUUGUUAGACACUGUGGUUAUACUGCUGUUGUGAAAGUUGCAGCUGAGGUAAACUGGGAUGGAAAACCCAUUCCACAAGACGUUGAUGUCGAGGACCAACCUGAAGGGGGUGCCCAUGCUUUGAAUGUCAAUAGUUUAAGAAUGUUAUUGCACAAGUCAUCAACAACGACACUAUCAUCUAUUGCAGCUCAACGAGUACAAGUUGCAGAUGUUGAAGAUAUGCACUCUGCUAAUAUUGUGGUCAGGAAAGUGUUGGAGGAAAGUCUGCAGAAAAUACAGGCAGAAGUCUCUAAAGCCACAAAAUCUAUCAGAUGGGAACUUGGAGCAUGUUGGGUGCAACAUUUACAAAGCCAGGAUUCUGGGAAGCCUGACUAUAAAAAAGCUGAAGAAGCUAAGGUAGAACCGGAUGUGAAGGGUCUAGGAAAAGGAUUGCUAAAGGGAAUCAAGAAAAAGUCUGAGGAUAAGAUCAACAAAACGGAGGAGGAGGUUUCUACAAGCAACAACACUGACAUGAUCAAUAAAUUAGAUAACCAUGGCAAAGAAGAGACGAUAAAAAUGGAUGAAGAAAAGGAAAUGUUGUGGAGAAAGCUGCUUCCUGAAGCAGCAUAUAUGCACCUUAAAGAAUCAGACACUGGUCUUCACCUUAAGUCACCUGAUGAGUUAAUUGAGAUGGCACACAAAUUCUAUGACGAAACUGCCCUUCCAAAGUUGGUAGCUGAUUUUGGUUCCCUUGAACUUUCACCUGUUGAUGGGAGGACACUGACAGAUUUCAUGCACACGAGGGGCUUGCGUAUGUGCUCCUUGGGGCGAGUGGUUGAACUCGCAGAUAAACUCCCUCAUGUGCAGUCACUCUGUAUCCACGAGAUGGUUGUUCGAGCUUACAAACACAUCUUACAAGCAGUUAUAGCAGCAGUUGACGAUAUAGCUGAUUUGGCUGGGUCAAUAGCAUCCUGUUUAAAUAUAUUGCUAGGAACGCCAAAUACAAGUAAUGUAGAUUCGGUAACUAGCAAUGCCGAUGAGUUAAAAUGGAAAUGGGUUGAAUCCUUCAUGUCGAAGAGAUUUGCAUGUCAACAGAAGAAUGAAUUUCAUCGCACUCUUCGUAAAUUUGCCAUUCUUCGAGGGCUUUGCCACAAGGUUGGGCUUGAGCUUGUUCCUAGAGACUACGAUAUGGAUUCAGCAUACCCUUUCAAGAAGGCAGAUAUUAUAAGCAUGGUUCCUGUAUAUAAGCAUGUUGCAUGCUCCUCUGCUGACGGACGUACACUUCUGGAGUCAUCCAAAACAUCGUUGGAUAAAGGCAAGCUUGAAGAUGCUGUCAACUAUGGAACAAAGGCACUUUCAAAACUUGUAUCUGUCUGUGGUCCUUACCAUCGAAUGACGGCAGGUGCAUAUAGUCUUUUGGCUGUGGUGCUCUAUCAUACUGGUGAUUUCAAUCAGGCUACUAUCUAUCAACAAAAAGCUUUGGAUAUCAACGAGAGGGAACUUGGACUCGAUCAUCCAGAUACAAUGAAGAGUUAUGGGGACUUAGCUGUUUUCUACUAUCGUCUCCAACACACAGAGUUGGCUCUGAAGUAUGUGAAUCGUGCAUUGUAUCUUUUGCAUUUAACAUGUGGUCCUUCUCACCCGAAUACUGCCGCCACCUACAUCAAUGUAGCAAUGAUGGAAGAAGGUUUAGGAAAUGUUCAUGUUGCUCUUAGAUACCUUCAUGAGGCUCUCAAGUGUAAUAAAAGGCUCCUUGGAGCUGAUCACAUACAAACUGCUGCUAGCUAUCAUGCCAUAGCAAUUGCUCUUUCCUUGAUGGAAGCAUACUCCCUGAGCGUUCAACAUGAACAAACCACUCUGCAGAUUCUGCAGGCUAAACUUGGACAUGAAGAUCUUCGUACUCAGGAUGCAACUGCAUGGCUUGAAUACUUCGAGUCCAAAGCUCUGGAACAGCAAGAAGCUGCACGCAAUGGUAUACCGAAGCCUGAUGCCUCUAUAUCUAGCAAAGGACAUUUGAGUGUAUCAGACUUGCUAGAUUAUAUAGCCCCAGAUGCAGAUAUGAAAGCACGAGACGUCCAAAAGAAACAAGCUCGUGCAAAGGUGAUUAAAGGAAAAGCAGGACAACAGGAAGAACUGUUAAGUGAUGAACUUCAAGAAGAUGAAGUUCUAUCACCAAGCCGAGAGAAUUCUAGCGAUAAAGAGAACAAAUUUGAAUUGCGAAAUGCACAGUCUGUUAAGAAAACCAACUUGGUUCAACCUGAGCAGAUCCAAAGGGAACAAAAUGGUUAUUUGGCAGAAGCCGACAAUUCUGAUGAAGGAUGGCAGGAAGCUUUCUCUAAAGCAGGUCGUAAAUCUUCAACUUCUAGGAGGCCAAAUCUGGCAAAAAUAAACACGAAUUUCAUGAAUGUCUCUCAGACAUCAAAGUACCGAUCGAAGCACACCAAUUUCACUUCCCCAAGAACAAAUACUGGAGAGUCUGCUGUCACUAAGAAAUUCAUCAAGACUGGAAGCUCUCCCAACACUACACAAACAUCUGGUUCAGACAAACCUACCAACCCAAAGGUGAAUCCAUCCAGUCCAGCAUCAAAUGAUCAGACAGUGAAGCAUUCUCCAGUUAUAAGUUCGAUCAGUGUUAAAGAAGCUGGCAAGCUUUUUUCUUACAAGGAAGUUGCAAUAGCUGCACCUGGUAGCAUUGUGAAGGCUGUGGCUGAUCAAUUGCCCAAAGGAAAUUCUCCGGUGAGCAUAGCUCAAAUGACAACAGAGGAAGCAAAGAAAGAUAAAGAUGAAGUUCAUGUGUCCAAUAAUGAACAGAAAACCGCCAUUGAUGAUAAGGACAAGCCAGAAGUCGAAAUGGUGAUAGAAGUAGAAAGUGUUGAGAAGACAGAGAAAGGAAUAGAAUCGGCAGUGGUUGAGAAUCUUGAUCCAAAAGUUGAAAUUUCAAAAAUAUCAGCAGAUAGUCCUUGUGAUUUAGAGCCAAUUUCUGCAUUGGUUCAAGCUGACACGAAUGGAAUUGUGGCAGAUGAAGAUGAAAAAACACCAAGCACUGAAGGUGUUACUCUAACCGAAACUGCAAAAGAGGUGACCAAGAGACUUUCUGCAGCAGCUCCUCCAUUUAAUCCAUCCAACAAUCCAGUUUUUGGUUUGGUCACAAUGUCUUUGAAAGAUCAUGGAGGAGGGAUAUUACCCCCACCUGUAAACAUACCUACAAUGGUCACAAUAAACCCUGUUCGUAGAACUCCCCAUCAAUCAGCAACAGCCAGGGUUCCAUAUGGUCCACGUCUCGCAGGUGUGUAUAACAAAUCCGUGAAUCGAGUCCAACGUAACAAGCCCAUUUUGUACAGUGGUGGUGAACUUGUUGCAGAUGGUGGUCAUCUAAGCCCUCCAAAAGUUAUGAACCCACAUGCAGCUGAGUUUGUUCCAGCUCAACCAUGGGUUUCUAAUGGGUAUCCGAUUGCUCCUAACGGUUAUCUGGUGACAUCCAGUGGAUAUCCUAUUUCUCCAAAUGGUUAUCACCCUAUCACCACCACAAACGGGUUUCUAGCUGGUCAAAAUGGGUACCCUGUAUAUCCUGUUGACUCAAUUGAGUCCCCAGUUAGCUCAUUAGAUUCUCCAUCAAUUCUCACUCAAGAAGCUGGUGCUGAAACCUCAAGUGAAUCUGUGGAUGAGAACGAGUCGGUUGUGGAAAAAACUUGCGAAGAAACUCAGUCUGCAAUUGAUGAAAAACCUAUUAGAACUAGAACAGUUGUGGAAGAAAUUCAAUCUGAAAUCAAAGAAAUGGCUACUGAAAUAGAUAGCCAAUCAUCAGAGGUUGUUUCUAUGAGCAAAAGCUCUAUGAGUGCUACAGACAGAAAGCCAAUCAAUGGUGAGGCUGAGAUGGUCGAGGUUAGAAGUUAAAGGGUAGUAUCGUCACUUUUAGUUUUACAGAUUGCUAUGGUUCAUAGCUAAGAAGCUGUGUAUCAUCAUCAUCAUCAGAGGCAACUUUUAGAAAUUCUUUCAUGUGAAAACCCGAACUUACCCCUUCAGUCACUGUAAGCUGACAUGACAACCUUUGACGGAGGCGAAAGACACUGUUUUUGAGUAGUUUUUCUUCACAGCAUUUCAAGUUUUGCUGAAUUUUUCAAGUUCAACAAUAAGAAUCUGGUGAGUUCUGUACCUUGUUUUUUCCAAGCAUUACUUUUCUGCCUUUGAAGACAGACGAUGAAAUUAAUAAUUUCUUGAUUAAUAGUAGUUCAAUAAAAUAGGCUUUGUUUCAUUGCCUUCAAGAUUUGCAUGGCAA